AUGGCGGAUUCAAGUUCUUCUCUCCUUCCUCUUUGCGAAAAGAUCUCACACAAAAGCUAUGUUUUGAGAACUGUGGAUCUCACGAUUCUCGGCCUUCUCUUUUCUCUUCUCUCAUAUAGAAUCUUACAUAUGAGCCAAUACGACAAUGCUUGGCUUGUGGCUUUCCUCUGUGAAUCUAUUUUCUUAUUCAUAUGGCUGAUUAUUAUCUGCGUAAAAUGGAGUCCUGCUGAAGAUAAACCCUAUCCAAAUAGACUUGCUGAAAGGGUUCAUGAUCAUGAUCUUCCUUUAGUAGAUAUGUUCGUUCCCACGGCAGAUCCGGUUAGGGAGCCGCCAAUUAUUGUUGUGAACACUGUGCUUUCGCUGUUAGCUCUGGACUAUCCACCAAAUAAACUAGCAUGCUAUGUCUCGGACGAUGGAUGCUCACCUCUCACUUUCUUCUCUCUUAGGGAAGCUUCUAAGUUCGCCAAGAUUUGGGUUCCCUUCUGCAAGAAAUAUAACGUUAGAGUUAGAGCUCCUUUUAGAUAUUUCUUGAACCCUUUGGAUUUAACAGAUGAUUCAGUAUUCAUUAAAGAUUGGGAAAUGACGAAGAGAGAGUACGAGAAGUUAUGCCGAAAAGUUGAAGAUGCUACCGGAGAUUCCCACUGGUUGGAGGAUGCAAAUGAUGAUUUUGAAGCUUUCUCAAACGCAAAACCAAAUGAUCAUUCAACAAUAGUUAAGGUGGUAUGGGAGAACAAGGCAGGUGUGGGAGACGAGAAAGAAGUCCCUCAUCUUGUAUACGUUUCAAGAGAGAAAAGACCAAAUUGUCUUCAUCAUUACAAAACUGGAGCCAUGAACUAUCUGUUGAGAGUGUCAGGGUUAAUGACGAAUGCACCAUACAUGUUGAACGUAGACUGUGACAUGUAUGCCAAUGAAGCAGAUGUGGUGCGACAAGCAAUGUGUGUAUUUUUACAAGACUCAAAGCAAUCAAACCACCAUUGUGCUUUUGUUCAAUUCCCUCAAGAGUUCUAUAAUGCUUACACCAUCGAACUCUCAUUCCUACAAUCAUAUAUAGGACGAGGAAUCGCGGGUAUCCAAGGACCGAUAUAUUGUGGCUCAGGAUGCUUCCACACUAGAAGAGUUAUGUAUGGUUUAUCAACGGACGAUUUAGAGGACAACGGAAGUCUUUCUUUAGUUGCUACAAGAGAGUUUUUGGCUGAGGAAAGUUUAGUGAGGAAAUACGGGAGCUCUAAAGAGCUGGUGAAAUCGGUGGUGCAUGCAUUACAAAGAAAAUCAAAUCCUCAAAGUAACCUUACAAACUUCAUUGAAGCAGCUCAAGAAGUGGGACAUUGUCACUACGAGAACCAAACCAGUUGGGGAAACCUUGGUUGGUUAUAUGGUUCAGUGGGCGACGAUACAAACACGAGUAUUGGUAUCCAUAUGAGAGGUUGGACUAGCUCAUUCGUUUCUCCGAACCCACCAGCGUUUCUUGGAUCAAUGCCGUCCGUAGGACUAGAGACAAUAGUCCAACAGCGACGCUGGGCGACGGGAGUGGCCGAAAUCCUUUUUAACAAACAAAGUCCGUUCAUCGGUUUUCGCCGGAAAAUAAAAUUCCGACAACGAUUAGCUUAUUUCUUUGUUCUCGUGAGUCUACGUUCAAUCCCUGAGCUCAUUUAUUCUGUCUUGCCUGCUUAUUGCUUACUCCACAACUCUACCUUAUUUCCCAAGGGACCUUGUCUAGGCAUAACAGUCACACUUGUGGGGAUGUAUUGUCAGUACAGUCUAUGGCAAUUCAUGAGGCUUGGUUUUUCGUUACAAUCAUGGUAUGUCUCCCAAUCACUUUGGAGAAUAGUAGCCACUAGCAGUUGGUUAUUUAGCAUCCAAGAUAUCAUACUCAAGCUUCUUGGAAUCUCAAAGAUAGGUUUUGUAAUCGCUAAAAAGACUAUGCCCGAUACAAAACAAGUAUAUGAUGAGUCUAAACCAUCUCAAGGAGAAGAUGAUGUUCCAAAAUCAGACUUUGGUAAAUUUGAAUUUGAUAGCUCGUCUCUUUUCAUUCCCGGCACAUUUAUUAUCUUGGUGAAUCUUGCCGCUCUAGCUGAGUUUUUGGUUCGUCUACUAUGGUCGAGUGGUCGUCAUGGAAGAGAUGGUUCGGGUUUUAUAGAGGCUUGUGGAUGUGUUAUGGUGGUUUUGUUGUUCUUUCCAUUUCUAAAGGGUUUGUUUGAGCAUGGAAAAUAUGGUAUCCCAUUGUCUACAAUUUCUAAAGCUGCCUUUUUAACAGUUUUAUUUGUUGUUCUCUCGUUGGGAGAGUAG